AAUCUACGGAGAGCGACACAAACUGCGUUGAUUCUGAUGAUGGUUGCAAUUCCACUUUUUAUAUUCCUGUCUUGUUCAUUACUCUAUUUACUGUCUUUACGUUCUUCUAUAUUUGUGAGAUGUUAUUGGGUAACUGUAAAUAAUUAUAAUAAAGUAUCUCAUUAACGACGUCUUAAAUUUCGCGCCAUACUUUUAAUUGGUGGAGAAGUCGUCCCCAAGCGUUCACGGCUUCUAUGCGCACGAACGAACGCGCAGAACAAUGAGGUAGCAGCCAUUUUAUGUCGCUGGCUAAGAAAAACAUAAUUCGAAUGGCCAAUCUUAUCGGAAUUGUGUAAUUAGUGUUCUAAUUUAUGUGUUUCUGCACACGCCACUUUUGUUAGACGUUUCUUCAUAUAAGUUGGGGCAGGGAAGCUGCGAUGGGGUGCAGCAGGCACCAUUAGCUUUCCAGCGCAUUGGGGCGUGGGGGGCGUGGCACGGGGCGUGGGCGUCCCCGUGCCGCCCCCCGGCGACCUUCUGGCCACCAUCUCCAUGUUCGAGCAGCAGAUUAAAGCUGAGCCUAUGAGUUUCUACACAUCACAUUCGCAUAUAAACACCGGCCCGCCUACUAUAGUCCGUUCAGAUUCACAUGGUAUCAUUAUGAACCAGCAUCUUCCCCAAGAGGACUCCAAAGACAGCCUCAUACAACACCAAGUACACCAACAGGAGCUGCUGGAACAGCACCAACAGGAUAUGCAACAUGAACAGGAUGAUGAUGUUGAUAAUCUAAGUUUUAAAGGUAUGGACGAUGAAGGUGUAGAAAUGGACAUGGAUGGACGGCAAUGUUCUCAGGGUAUGGGUGUCGAUAUGGGAUCGGUUCAGACGAAGAUGGAAGUGUCUAACGGUCAAGGUGUACCACGAUCUAAACCUCAAGCUUGUAAGGUUUGCGGCAAAGUGUUGUCAUCGGCGUCUUCGUAUUAUGUCCACAUGAAACUACACUCGGGCAACAAACCUUUUCAGUGCACGGUAUGCGACGCAGCGUUCUGCCGCAAGCCAUACUUAGAAGUGCACAUGCGCACGCACACAGGCGAAAGACCUUUCCAAUGCGAUCUAUGUCUCAAGAGAUUCACGCAGAAGUCCAGUCUCAAUACGCACAAACGUGUACACACCGAUGAGCACCUUCGCGCAUUGAUGGUGAAGGAGCGGCCCUACAAGUGUGACCUCUGUCAGAUGCGCUUCACGCAGAGCUCCAGCCUCAACCGCCACAAGAAAAUACACACGGAGGAGCACAGACGAGCCCUGUUAGAGAAAGUGCGGCCGUACCAGUGCCACAUCUGUUUUAUGCGCUUCACUCAGAAGUCCAGCCUUGGCCGACAUGGAAAGAUACACACGGAGGAGCACAUCCAAUCGCUGAUCAACAAAGUGCGCCCCUAUCAAUGCGACAUCUGUGACAAGCGCUUCACUCAGAAGUCCAGCCUGGGCACUCAUAAACGUAUACACACCGGCGAGCGGCCCUUCCAGUGCACCGUCUGCCUCAAGUCCUUCACGCAGAAGUGCGCGCUCAAUUUGCACGAAAAAAUACAUACGGGCGAGCGGCCCUAUCAGUGCGACGCGUGUCUGAAGCGCUUCACGCAGAAGUCCAGCCUCAAUAUCCAUAGACGGACGCACACAGUCCAGGGCAGACCGUUCCAGUGCCUGUCGUGUCCCGCGGCCUUCACCUGCAAGCAAUACCUGGAGAUUCACACGCGGACGCACACGGGUGAGCGGCCGUAUCAGUGCGACAUCUGCCUGAAGCGCUUCACGCAGAAGUCGAGUCUCAACAUUCACAAGCGGACGCACUCAGACCGGCAUACAGUGCAGGGCCGGCCCUUCCAGUGUCUGCAGUGUCCGGCGGCUUUCACUUGCAAGCAGUACCUGGAGAUCCACAAUCGCACGCACACGGGCGAGCGGCCUUACCAGUGUGACGUGUGCCUCAAGAGAUUCGCGCAAAAGUCUACGCUGAACAUACACAAAAGAACGCACACAGUGCAAGGGCGGCCGUAUCAGUGCAUGGAGUGCCCGGCGGCGUUCACUUGCAAGCCCUACCUGGAAAUACACAUGCGCACGCACACAGGCGAGCGGCCCUUCGAGUGCGAUGUCUGUUACAAACGCUUCACGCAGAAAUCUACCCUCAACAUUCACAAGCGCAUUCAUACCGGGGAACGCCCUUACGCAUGUGAUAUAUGUCAGAAAAGAUUCGCUGUGAAGAGUUAUGUUACGGCUCACAGGUGGUCGCACGUAGCGGACAAGCCGCUAAGUUGCGAGCGUUGUUCAAUGACAUUCACGUCCAAGUCUCAAUUCGCUUUGCACAUUCGUACGCACGCGGCUGGGCCUUGCUACGAGUGUAGCGUGUGCGGACGCACGUUUGUACGGGACAGCUAUCUUAUACGUCAUCACAAUCGUGUGCACCGCGACAGCCACAGUAAUAUGUCCGCUAAUAGUGGCGUCAUAAGCAACGCUGGUGGGGCUGGAAAUUCAGGAAACUAUGACUCGCCUGGCGUCUGCGAUUUGAGCUUCGUGCCUAUGGUGAACCGUUACCUGACGUCACAGGGUACACAAGUGUCGCUUGACGGCACCACCAAGAUGUCAGCCAUGUCACCACAGUCCAUCGCUUCUAUUUCGUCCCCCCCUCCGUCGCACACACCUACCCCCCAGCCUCAACAGAUGACGUCAGGGAUGCGACUCUCGGACUGAUCCCUUCUGCAUAUUGCUCUCGAUUGAAGUCCGUAGCCGCAAGUGCAAUAAGGCCAGGAGCAGCUACACACUUUUAUAUUAUAUUUAUUUAUACAUUAUGUAUGUAUGGUCGGCCGUCACUCGUUAACGGAUGGAGAGGAUCCCUCGGGCCGAGCACGUGUCGGGUUUAGUCAGUAGGGCUGCUACGUUUUACUUUAUUGCUUUAACCGACUUAAAAGGUUUAGACUUGAUGACAUGUAUGUCAUAGAAUUGGAUUUGAAAAAUUCUGUAAUGUGAACUUUUUAUGUAUGUUUGUCUACGAAAUAAUGUCGAGGAUAUUCCAACUUAGUGGUUAACAAGUUUCACGAAAAUCUGUGUUUAAUAUUCAUUGAUAAAUGUAUUAAUUCAAUGUUUGUAUAAUAAUAAUGAGACAAAUACUUCACUGUUCUAUAACCAAUAGACAAAAACUACAUAAAGUAAAAUGUUUUAGUAAUUGGAAAAUUGAUAUUCUAAAUGUUAAUGUCGCUGAUAAGAAUGACAACGCAUGGUCACGUGACCAUGCAUUCCAAAAUCCUUACUGCUGUAUGAUAGUAGCAGCCCUCAGUAGUCAGUAGUGUGGUAGCGGUACCGCCUGGUACGUAUUGUGAUCGUUUAUCCGCUGUGAUUUAUCUACCAUCACUCGUGGUGGGAAACAUGAAUCGUUACUUAAAGUUUCAUAGAUUGUAGGCCUAAAUUUUUGAUCUCAUAUUCUAAUUUGCUUAGUGAUAAUAUCUUUCGGAAUUGUUAAUGGUAAAUCCAGAAAUUCUAAAUUUGUGGUCACUCGCUUGUCAUCCCCUGUAACGUGCGACAAGUGCAGAAUUGAUAUCAUACAGUUGACAGCUGACAGUUGACACUUGACAGGUACGCAUCACAGACAUUUUUUACUUAUACAAAUCGAAAGUGUUUCUUCGCUAGAAAAGCGGGCAAAAAUUAUUUUUGUAGGGAAACUUUAUGGGAAUAAUUUUGUAUUGGAAAAUUGUGCACUUGUUGCUCGUAUCGUACGUGUUAGAGUAGUGGAAUAAAUCUUAUUGCGAUGCUUUAACUUAGAUGUCUGUAAAUGACUAAUUUUAUAGAACUGUUACUGAGAGGUCGAAUAUUUUGAUCGCUGGAGGCCUAUGGGCAUUCGGCGGGAACGCUUUAAUGAACAGAUUUCAUAUGAAGAUAAUAAUUACGAGUACAAACGUUUGAACCCGCACUCAGGGGCAAUAAGAUGGAUUCACAAAAUUAACUUUUAAUAUGAUGUUUAUUGGAGUAAUCCAGAGAAGUGCCUGUUGCAACAUAAAAUUGGCAAUAUUUUUUAAUAGUAUUUCGUUGGUAGGAGUCACGUACGGUGUUCACGGUUACUGUUGAGGCGUUAGGACCCGUGUUCUGUGUUCUCGAAGCUUCUCUUUGUGUGCCUUCUAGCAGUUAGCGCGGGUAGGCGAUAUACUCGACUCCGUUUCAUUGUUUCGCGUUCAUGCUCGAUCUCUUAUCCUUCCGUUCCGCGUCUCGGGACUGACGGCGUAAUAGGGUUACGAAUAGUUGUAUAGCGGUAGUCUUCCAAUUCCUUGAGACGACGUGCAGUGUCCGUUGCGGGGGUUCCUUUGGGUUGCCAUUGUAAUAUCAAAGAUAGAUUGGUGCCAUUUCGAUGUACAUGCGGUAGACGUAAGUGUAUAGUUAAGUUCGCCGGUCAGGGUAGUGCUGAAAUAAAAUAUUGUAUCACCACGAGUCUCGGUUCGCGCCGCGUUUUGUUGGCGAUGCGAUGUUUUAUUUCCGUGUUGUGUCCAAGUGAAGGUCAAAAUUUGUAAAUAUUCGUAGGUUUUAUUUAUUCGAUUGUCGUGGGAUUGAUGAAUCAAAAUUUUAUUGUGAAAAAUUAAGUUUUCGUAGAAUCGUAGUUCUACGAGCCUAGGUCGAACUGAAGCUAUAAUAUUUGAAGUAAUCGUAGAGUAUUAGGUCAGAAGUAUACUUUCGUAUUUAAAGAUCGAAAUUUCCUCGUAGAUAUACAUAAUAAUAAAUAUAUACAUGCGAAUGUUGUUUGAUAGUCCUAAAUAUUUUUUUAUUUUGAUAGUUCUGUAUUUUGAAACACGAGAAAAUAAGCCAAUAUCUCAUUUAUCAUUUAUAAAUAAAUACUAAAUAAUAAUAUGUAUGUACUUUAGAUUAACAUACGGACGGAUGCAUUUAGUCGCCCAGGUGAAAGUAAUAGAUAAACAUCCAAAAUAAUUUAUCGAGUCUUUUCUAAAAUAACGUCUUUAUUAAGUUUUUUACCAAGCCAUUGAGAACAGUAUUAUUUAGAGAAACUAGAUGUUCCAUAAUUCGGAUAGUAUUGAUCUAUCCUAUACCAACUUAGUGAUCACCAAUGAAGAAUAUUAUUUACCUACAAUAUAUAUUUAGCGGCAGCAUCGGGAGCUCUGAGCGAUGUUGUGAAACCAUAGUUUACGUGAAUGGAAUAGAGACACCAACAUAGUGAACUAGUACAUAAAGUAUAUAUAAAUGUAUAUUAUCGUGUGUCCGCUCCCCGACGCUCCGCGAGGCUGGCACGCCUAUCUUAGAUUUAGUAAUAUAUUUUUGUUAUAUGUUCUUGUCUUUAUCGUGGUUGUUUUUAUUAUUGCUUUGCUGCGGUGUCACCCUGGCCGAGUCGGGAGGGGGACGGAGUAUAGAGAGCGGUCCUUCUUCGUUACGACAUGUAACUCUAUAUUUACAACCCUUACUUGUGUAUCGAAGGGUAGAGAUAUAUAUCGUAAGACGAGGGCCCUACUAACAGUUAGGAUGCACAAAUUUCACGACGACCCACAAAAGAUAUUUUUGCAGGCGAUUCUUUAUCGGAUCGGGAAUGUGUGCGUCUUCGCUGCCCCAACUAUUUUACAUACAAUACGAUGUUAGUUACUAAACUAGAGUGUAAUCGAGAUAUUUUUCAUUUACGUAAUCGUCAAAGUUUUCUUAGUUGUAUUUCCUACUUAUUUCCAACCGUAGAAAAGACUGAGUCGCUAUGGAUCCACAGUUUACACCGAGAAUACUCAAUGGGAGGAUUGGCAGAAGUUUAUAGGUUUGUUAUGUUUGCUAAUAUCGGAGCGGUUGUGGUGUUGGACCAACCAGUUUCUUUGUAAAUCGUAAAAUUUUGUUAGGAAAUCGUACAUAUCUUAGCCGUUGAUGAUAAAUGUAUACCUAUAUCGGUUCGAGGCAGCGCUGGUCUGUCAAAAUCGGGCUAGUUCACCUCCGUGUGCCGGUUUAUUGAGCAACAGUGAGCCUUGUGUAAUCAUUAUGACUAAGGUACAUAAAUAUUUAGUUCUAUAGUACGUUAGAUUUACGCGAAUAUCUGCUUUGUCAACUUAUUGCGUUGCUUACAUUAUAAUCAUACGGAGUACAGCCUAAGGAUUUUAACGUUUUUUUAUAUACUGAGAGCUAUUUCUAAGUCGCUGAUUUUGUACUAUUUAUAGUUGUAUAAAAAUUAUAUCGGCUUUAAGCCAAAUUGAAGUUUUGGAGUGUUUUACAUACCUACUUUUAAUUCCUAUUUUAUUAAAAUUCACAACAAACAUCAUGGCAUGAUGCUUUUUCGCGGUCAUUUAGCGAUAGCUCUACAGAGUUUUAUUGACCAAUAUUUUUAACUGCAACUGUUUUUUCUUUAAUUGUUAAAAUUUUUAGGCUAGUUAUAUUUUAUGACAUAAGUUAGGUUUGUUAACUGGUGUAUUACAUUGCACGUUAUUAUGCCUUUACAGCCUCCUUUUCAUAUUUAUUUUCUUGUACUCUGUUUCUAUUUGAUUUGAGUUUAUUUUGAUGAUACCCGAAAUGUACUGUUUAGAAUAUUACUAGUUCAGUCAUUUUAUACUUUUAUAAGUAGCAUUUUUAUAUUAAUUGCAACCGCAAGGGUUCCUUUGACAUAUAUAUUUUACGUUGCCUCUUGGGACUGAAUUAUUUUAUAUUGAAGUUACAUUUUAGGUAUUAUCGUUUACAUGUGUUAUUUUAUACAUAUUCUUAUACAAAUUAUUAUUUAACGUUGAUUCUUUAAGAGUAUACCAUUACAAUUAAUGUAAAGAGGCUGUAAGGGAAAUUAUGUAGUCAGCAUUAUGUAUAUGCUUUAAUGUGAUUUUUUAAAUGUACUCUUUAUUAUUAUUAGAAUCAUCAAUCAAUAUAAUUAGCGAACUAACAAAGCGAUUUUUAAUAAAUUUUUCAUUUCAUAGUGAUUUAUAUUUAGAUCAAAAUAAAUACAGAGUUUAUUUAAUUUUAUGAAAAGUAUACAUUGUAAAAUUAUUCGAUAGCGCUCGGUAUGUCGGGCCCUUAUAAAAAAGAAAUUAUAUGAAUGCAAAAAUAACGAGUCACGAUUCUUUUAGAAGUCGCCAUGUAGUGGAGAAAAAUAAACGUGCCAUGAUAUUUGUGGCUAAA